CUCCAUCACAGCCAACAGUUGCUGCUUACCUCGCGCGUUGCUCUACCAAGCUACUGCGGCCCACUCGACGAGGAAACCUAUUCGAUCUGUGAACUUGAAGAGCUAACGUCACAGGUGCUCUUCGUUGAUACCUCCACCGCACCUCAGCUGUGUGAGAGAUCCCCAGGAACGUCUAUACGGCGAGAAAGCGACGCCAAUUUCCGGUAAAACGAGCAGCCGCAAGAAGCCAUCGACGCCGUCGACUUCCAAGCUGUGGUGCACCACCACCGCCAUUUCCAGGAAAGAUAUCUCUACUCCCGGCAGCGCCUAGGAACCUCAGUUCCGGUGGGCAGAAAGCCAUAGCAGCGGCGCGCAAAGAAUUUGGCAUGCACAUGUACUUCAGCUGAGCAAGUCGGGAAAGUUCGGCGAGGGUGCCAUGUUUGGCCUGGACUGCUGCACUCCCGCGGCACUUGCGAGUGCAGCCAUGCUGCUGCUUUCGUGGGUGCUCUUGCUUCGCCGAUGGUUCCGGAGGAGCCCCCCGCCUGGAACGCGGAUUCCUCCCAUGGUAGCCGGAGCCACACUAACUGGACACCAAGAAUUGCAGAAGUUUGACUUCUACUGCGGCAUGGCCAUGAAGUGGGCGAAGGAGUACGGACCUGUGUACAGAUUAAGGCAGAAGCACGCCAGCAUCGUAGUACUCAAUGACUUCAAUAACAUCAAGAAGUUCUACUUACGGAAGGAAUUCCUUGACCGUUCCCGGUUCUGGGUCCUGAAAUCGGAUAGGUUCCAAGGCCUCGCAACAAUGAAUGGUGAACCCUGGAACUUGAACCGCAGAUUCUGCAUGCACACUCUCCAAGAUUUCGGCAUGGGCAAGUCUUACGCAGUGGAUGACAUAGUGGAGGAGUUCCAGUGUGUCUGCGAUCAAAUCGCCGAAGCAGCAGGGGAGCCCGUGACCUUCUACGAAAGCAUCAUGCCCUGCGCAGCCAACAACAUCUCGGCGAUGUUGUUCGGCAGGCGCUUUCCGUGUGACCAUCCGGCGCGCGCCGACAUCAACCGGCUCGUCAACGAGGUUGCGGUCGCCGUAAGAUUCUCUCGCAUCUACCAGUUCAAUCCAGGCUUCAUCACGGCGCUUCUAGAAAGAGUGCGCUGCACAAACAUCAACCUCGCUCGAGAAAAGGUGGACAACUUAGCACUUUACGCAUAUGACAGGAUAAUGGAACAUAAGGCAACGUCAGUGAAAGAUGUCAACCGAGACUUUAUUGAUGCAUAUCUGAAGAAAGUUCAAGACAGCAAAGGCGACCCGAAGGCCCCCUUCACAGUGGAGACUCUGGUGGGCAUGGUGACCAGCUUUCUGCUGGCCGGCACCUCGAGCACCGCUGGUACCAUCCACUGGCACAUGGUCAAGCAUGCUCUGGAACCAGACACACUGCAAGCGAGGGUCCAGCGCGAGAUUGACGACGUUAUCGGCAGGGAACGUCGACCAACAUGGGAGGACCGCCUCCGCAUGCCCUUCACCAUGGCCAGCGUGUGGGAGAUGGACCGGUGGAAAACAAGCACGCCACUAGGUGUCCCAAGAGAGGCCUCAGAAGACACUGUCGUUGAUGACUUCUUUAUCCCCAAAGGCACAGUGAUCUUGGCGAACUUCUGGGCUGCACACUUCGACCCCAAAUUCUGGAAGGACCCGACCAAAUUCGACCCGACUCGAUUCUUGAAUGAGGACGGGACACUCAUGGCACGCAAACCGGAAUGCCUUCUGCCUUUCUCCAUGGGUAAACGCACCUGCCCGGGCGAAGUUCUGGCCACUGUCGAAAUCUUCCUGGGCGUGACGUCACUCCUUCAGCGAUUCCGUGUUUUGCCCGAUGGCACGAUGCCUGUCGACAUCAACAGCCCGGCCAUUCUGGCUGGUCACGUGCAACACCUCAAGCUGCGGUUCAUAGAGCGGCGCCAGAGCCACUGAACGUCAAUGAUACCGACGUCUGAGGGUGCUGUCGCAUCAAAAGCCUCCCUAAAUAGUGCUUUUUUAGCUUUCCCACCGAAGGAUGAGUGUGAAAGGAAGGGCAGAACUGAAGAAGUUAGUGAUCUCAAAUCAUGUUUUCUCUUUUGUGUUUCUUCGUUUAUUUUUGCAUUGUUUCCCGUGUAAUUUACAAUUCUCAAUUAAUGGCAAAUAAUUUCUUUAGUCUUCUGAACGGCUCAUCGACAGUCUAAUUCAUCUUGGGCAUAUCAAUAAAUCACUGUCAUAAUAUUAGUUUUUCUCUCUAAAUCCUUUCUGUUUAUUCGGCACUUAACAAUAGAAACAACAGCGUCACGAAUGUCUUCUGGAAAAUGCGUGAAGUAACUUUGCUCGCAGACCACCAUACAUCAAGUUUGAAGUGGUUUAUACUUGGGCCUCCCUAAGUAUACACCUCGGGUCAUUCCGAAGCUUACUCCAACACCAUAAAGUUCAAGCCAGUUUCGUCAUUCAAGCACUGUGUUGAUUCUGUCUCCUUCAGCCAUCAAUUAUGAUGGACUGUCGAUAAAUGUGUCGAAAUUUCAUGAUUUCAUUCUCAUUGCGAAGCACACUCGACUAAAAUUGGGUCAUAACUUCUAAAUGUGACUCCUGUAUAUAAUAAUUUCUUUCACCUCAGCUCUCGCUUCUUAGAAUAGCACUGCCAAGCGAUGUCUUAAACAAUAACUCACGUUACGAACUCGUCAAAGGUGUCAAGUCCUGCUCCCGUACUUUCCAUAAAUGAUGUCCUUUUACUUAGGCUAUAAUAUUCUGCAAGUUACGCUGAAUAUGGCUUUUGAUUGUAAUACUUCGAGCGUGUCUAACAAAAUGCCGCAAGUUUUAUGCAUGGGAUGACUGUUUCUUUUUUUUGGGGGGGGAGGGGGUGCUCUAAUGAAUAAUGUAAUUUGGUUGUCUGUAUUUUUGCUUCUCCAAGAUAAAUUCACCCGAAUUUUCCCUAAAAUUAUUACUUGCAUUUAAUUACCGCUUCUGUAUCAGCCUAAAAAAGGCUUACGGUGUUUAUAAAUAAAAAUGAAUUAUGAGGUCUAGGUGAAAA